CGCAUCUAAACGUCAAACACCUUAAACAAAUUGGCUUCAUAAAUGCGUAUACAAAUCGAAAUUGGUGUUUUUUUUUUGACAAAUUGUAAAUUGUAUUGAAUAUUUUUUUCAUUUUCAACGUAAAAAAAUGACAGCACCAAAAUUACCCGGCACCGGUUUAGAGGAUGUUCGAAUACCGGGACAAACAUUUUUACGUGAUGCAUUGACUUCAUGUACGGAUCCACUGAAAGCAAUCGAAACAUUUCAAGUUGAAAAUGGAAUACUUCUUCCGUCAUUGCGUCCGAUGCUUCCAUUGCUCGAUUUGCAUGGUGUUCGUCGUCUUGAUUUCCAUACAUCUGUGUUGGAAGAGUUGCGUGAAAAAUUGGUGUCACGUAUCAAUGAAUUGGGCAGCAAAGAAGGUCGAGAACGUGAUAAAAAACUUAAAGAAUUGCUGACAAAAAGUUUUCCAGUUGUACGUGUAAAAGCAUUGCGGCCAGUUGUAAUGAGUAUUUUACGUAAUACAUCACAAAUUGAUGAUAAAUACUUACGAAUUUUGGUCAGAGACAAAGAACUCUACAUGGACACCGAUACUGAAGUGAAACGUCAAAUUUGGCGAGACAAUCAAUCACUAUUUGGCGAUGAGGUAUCACCACUUUUAUCGCAAUACAUUCGAGAAAAAGAGCAUAUUCUUUUUGAUCAUACAAAUUUAACAAAUUUAUUCUUUUUGCCAUCGCCAAAAGUACGGCGUCAAGGUGAAGUGGUUCAAAAAUUGGCUAAUAUGAUUGGUACAAGUGUCAAACUGUAUGAUAUGGUUUUACAAUUUUUGCGAACACUAUUUUUACGUACACGAAAUGUUCAUUAUUGUACUUUACGUGCUGAAUUACUUAUGGCACUGCACGAUCUCGAAGUACAAGAAAUCAUUUCAGUUGAUCCAUGCCACAAGUUCACAUGGUGUUUGGACGCUUGUAUUCGUGAGAAAAAUGUUGACAUCAAACGAUCACGUGAAUUGCAAGGUUUUCUUGAUAAUAUUAAACGAGGACAAGAACAAGUUUUGGGCGAUCUAUCAAUGACUUUAUGUGAUCCAUAUGCGAUUAACUUUUUGGCCACAUCAGCCAUUAAAAUUCUUCAGCAUUUAAUCAAUAAUGAUCAAUUGCCGCGCGACAAUACGAUACUUAUAUUGUUGUUACGUAUGUUGGCACUUGGAUUGAGCGCUUGGGUUAUGAUCGAUUCACAAGAUUUUAAGGAACCAAAACUUGAAAGUCAAGUUAUUACCAAAUAUUUACCAGCAUUAAUGUCACUUAUGGUUGAUGAUCAAGUACGGCAUUUACAUUCACGAUUGCCACCCGAUGAACGUGAAAGUGCCAUCACAAUUAUUGAGCACUCAGGUCCAGCGCCAGAUUCAGUGGAGGCAUUCAUUCGAGAGAGCAGCGUUGCAUCAAUUAUUGCCAUGUAUUAUACAUUACAUACGGCCCGUCAAAAGGAUCGCGUUGGAAUUUUACGUGUUUUAGCAGUCUUGGCGUCAUGCAAAAAUGAUCGGGCAUACGAAGAUCCAUUUUUACAUUCUCUGAUUGCAUUACUGGUUCCAAUGGCAGACGAAUUUGUCCACGAAGAAUUUUGCACCGGAUUGUUUGAUGAAUUUUUAUUUGCGGGCUUGACCCGUGAUAACGUUACCAGACAUAUGUUAAAAUUGUUAUGGUACAUUCAUCCAAAACUUCCGCCGGGUCGCCUGACAACGCUAAUGAAAGCACUACAACCAACGGCCCAACACAACGAAAGUGUUCACCAUUUGUACAAUAGUUUACAAGAACGAAUUGGCAUUGCAAUACAAGAAUCGGCCGCUCAAGAGAUAACCGACGUUGAUUUUGAUUCACCGUUGAAAAGCGUUCCAACACCCGGACCACAUUACCUGUAAUCAUUUAAGACAAUUUACAAGAAGCCUGAAAAAUCAACUAUUACAUGGGAAAAUUGAACAAAUAAUGACUUGAUGCCACAAAAUGUCCAAUAAAAAAUUAAAUCCCGGCACCGUCGUUGAAAAAAUUCCCAAAUGCUAUGAAGUAUUAAGAGCUGUAAUAUUUUGGUUUGUCAUAUCCUCAAAACUUCAGAAAACAACGUUUUUUUAUUUCAUAUAUUGAAUCAUAACCUCAAACUGUUUGUUUUGAAAAAAUAUCAAUGAAAAUGUUUAAUCGAUAUUUAUGUUUUAAUAAUAUCAAUAGAUUAUUUUCAGUUGUACUUCGUACAUACGUUUAAGGAAUUUUUUUACAGUGUUUAAAAAAAUGAAACAUUUAAUUGGAGAUUUUUAUAUGAAAAGUAAUAAAGCGAAUGAGCAGUGUGGAAAAUCAAUGGAUCAAGUAA